AUGGCGUGGAGUGUUCAAACCUGCAAAGUGUUGGCACUAACGAUGGGUUACAUAUGCAUAGCUGUCUUUUUUACGUUGACAAGUUAUGUCGUUUAUGUUUAUUAUUCAACUAUCGCACUAAGUGUACUUGAAAAAAAAGCGUAUAAAAAAUUUGUUUUUCAUUUUAUAUUCGGUAAUUGGCUUGUAAUAAAUGUUUAUUUCAAUUAUUUUAUGGCAUGGCUAUCUUCGCCGGGUCUUGCUAAAGAUUAUCAAAAUUUAGCAAGCCAAUAUCGUAAAUGCAAAAAAUGUCCAAAUAAUAAACCACCUCGUACUCAUCAUUGUAGUUGGUGUAAUUUAUGUAUUUUGAAAUUUGAUCAUCAUUGCCCAUGGCUUAACAAUUGUGUUGGUUUUUAUAAUCAUCGGUAUUUCUUUCAAUUUUGUUGUUAUAUGACGUUAGGAUGUUUAUAUGCUGGUACGUUUGGUUAUCGUGAAUAUCAAAUUGGCCUACUCGGAGAACAAGUAUUUUCUUAUAAAGAUUCAAUUUUUCAUCCAUUUAACAUUCUUGAAACAAUGGACAUACCUGGUUUUAUCACAUAUUACAUAUUUCUUGCUGCAUUAACAAUUGGUGUUUUAUUAGUUGGUCUUGUUUGGUGGCAUGGUCGAAUGAUUAGUCGUGGUGAAACAUCACUUGAACGUGUACUCAAUCAAAAUUAUGCUCAACAAUGCACUGACCAAGGCUUUGUUUAUGUAAAUCCUUAUGAUUUCGGCUUCGUAGGAAAUUGGAAACGUUUCUUAGGUUUUCAGACCAUAAGUGAGUUUGUUCGACGAGUACUUUUGCCAAGUACACAUAAACCAGAGGGUGAUGGCAUCACAUGGGAUGGUUAUAACGUUAAUACUAAUUUAGGAUUACAUCAACAGAAAUCUCACCAAACUACUGGACCUACUGGUGCUCAACCAAAUUUUCCUGGAGGUUAUCCCAUAAAUAGACGUCGAGUUGUAACACCACCUUGGGAACAGCAAAAUAAUCCAAUGCGUACUUCGGCUGUUUAUCAGCCGAAAACACCACCAACAGAAGCAAAAGAAUCAAUAAAAGACCGUUAA